AUGUCAUUACCCACGCUUGACAAAGCUACCCUAGGCCAUGUAGUAGAAUUGGCCAAGAAUAGGAAUAUCUUGGCUGGAGCUGCGGCAGUGUUCUUGAUAGGCAUGAUCCCGAGUUUUAACGCCUGGUUAACCAGGAGAAAGGUCAACAAUCAUCUUACCGACAGCAGUUGGGACUGGACAAAAGAAGUCGUUGUUGUCACUGGUGGUAGUAGCGGUAUUGGCAAAGAGAUUGUCCUCAAGCUUGCAAAGAAGCACACCAUGGUCAUAAUUGUUGAUUUAAAUGCUCCAGGCUAUCAACUCCCCCCCAACGUGUCUUUCUGUUCAGCAGACCUCUCCGACCCCAUUGAAAUCUCCAAAGUCUCCAAGAAGAUUGUCUCUGAACAUGGCGACCCAACCGUUCUCAUUAACAAUGCUGGAAUUGGCAACGCCAUGUCUAUUCUCGCUUGUCCCGAGUCCAAGAUCCGCAAAGUCUUUGACGUGAAUAUGAUAGCGCCGAUAUUACUUGCCAAACACUUCCUGCCUGCUAUGAUACGGAGAAACCAUGGCCACAUCGUUAACGUUGGUAGCCUGGCUUCUUUUGCAACACAGGCCUCCAAUGUCGAUUACGGGUGUACCAAGUCUGGACUCCUCGCGUUCCACGAGGGUUUGCUACAGGAGCUGAGGCAUAUUUACAAAGCACCAUUGGUGCGAGCUAGCAUCAUUCAUCCGACUUGGGUAAAGACACCGUUAAUCGCAGACCUCAUCGCUAAGGGGAAAAUGAAGGACACCACGAUAUCGGCAGAGUGUGUCGCUGAUGGUGUUGUGAAACAACUUUAUACUGGUUAUGGAGCUCAAAUCGUCGUACCAAAUUCCUCGGCCUGGACUUCUAUGAUACGUGGGUUCCCCGGUUGGGUCCAGGAAAGGUUGCGUGACAAGGUGUCUGUUAUGCUGCUGAAUGCAAUGGCUAGUUGA